UGCAGAGCAGGGCUCUAGGGCUGUUUUCACUUUCGCUGCAGCUCUGAGGGUAAGAGGCUUGGUACUGCUCUGCCCUGCCCCAGCCCUUCCUUGGCACCCGGAGCGCUUGGCAAAGGAAAGGUUUAAAAAACAGUUCUGAUUCAAAGAGCAACAGUCAGUGGAAGGACUCCUUUUUCCUUCAAGGAAGAUUGGAGGAGCACCCCCUAAGGCUCAUUUUUCAAGGGACCUGCUAAACCGGGAAGAUGCGUGAGUACACUGAGAAGAAGGAGACAUGUGGGACCAUCUGUCUCAAGUAUUUGCUCUUCAUCUUCAACUUCUUCUUCUGGCUGGCAGGCGGUGCUGUGAUGGCAGUGGGAAUCUGGACCCUGGCAGAAAAGAGUGACUACAUCAGCCUGCUGUCCUCCAACACGUAUAUGGCCACCGCCUACAUCCUGGUAGUGGCUGGAGUUGUUGUCAUGGUUACUGGUAUCCUUGGUUGCUGUGCCACUUUCAAAGAGCGGCGAAACUUGCUGAGAGUGUACUUCAUAUUGCUGCUGUGCAUUUUCUUGCUUGAGAUCAUUGCUGGAAUCCUGGCUUAUAUCUACUACCAGCAGCUGAGUAUGGAGUUGAAGCAAAACCUGAAGGACACCAUGACCCAGAAGUACCGGAAGGAUGGAGAGGAGAGUGUGACCAGUGCAGUGGACAAACUGCAGCAGGAGUUCAAGUGCUGUGGAAGCAAUAACUAUACAGACUGGAGUGACAGCCUCUGGAUCAGAUCUGCAGAAGCCGGUGGGCGGAAAGUCCCGGACAGCUGCUGUAAGACAAUAACAGAUGCAUGUGGCAAGAGGGACCAUCCUUCCAAUAUCUACAAGGAGAAUGGCUGCAUCACUAAGUUGGAAAACUUCAUCCAGGAACACCUGAAAAUUAUCGGGGCCGUGGGGAUUGGCAUCGCUUGUGUACAGAUCUUCGGGAUGAUCUUCACUUGCUGCUUGUAUAAGAGUUUAAAGUCGGAACCAUACUAGGAGCGCACAGGAAUCCAUCAGUUCCCCCCUGCUGCCACCUUCAGCGCCUGCCAGAUCCACCACCCCCACUUAGCAACGCAGACACUUCCACAGCCUAAGGACUUGGGCUCUUAUCUAAGCCCCUUGGAUCCCAACAGCUGUAGGAGCUCUUCUUGCUCAAGUUCAAAGGUAUUAGAGUACCACCAAAGAACAGUGGUUUGCUCCCCCUGACAGACUGCUCAUCAGUGCCACACACUAACUAUGGAGACAGAUGAUGUUUCUGUGCCAGGUGGGAAUUGGUGCCAAACCUCUUCACAUCCAGAUGAGCCCCCUUGGCACAUACUGAUGUCCUGCCACAGCCAUACACCAUCCAAGAAGGUAUCUGCUCUGGUCACUUGUGUCAGCCUCUCUCUCCAUCUUGCCAGUGAGCGCACGACCUGUCCCAGCUCAGAUUUUAUCAUAAUUCUGACCUCACACCAGAUGCGGCUGGGGAUGGUUACACAACAACCUCUCCACUUCUGCCUCAAAGCCUCCAUGCCGUUCAGAGGCCAGUUGAGAAACAGAAGCCAUAUGCCUUCAGUGAUUCUGGACAUUUUUUCUUUUCUGGUUUUCUGCCAUUUAUUUUUUAAUUAAUGGUUCCCAGUGUAAAUAGGGGGAAAAAUAAUUUGUCUCCUGCUUGGUCUCCCUCUGACAGGUUCAAAGAUGGGCUUGGAAGAAUUAGUCUGUGCAGGGAACCUGCCACAUUUGGGUAUUCAAAGCCUAAGCUUUUUCAUUUGCCAGGAUUUUUUUUUUGAACCUGGAAAACUCCCAAGAUAAAAUCUCAUAUUAGGUGAAAUAUGUCCCAGCUUGAGGGACUAAUUCCUGCCCAAGGAGACAGACUUGGAGGCUGGUAAGGAAAUUCAUUAAGGUUUUUAUAUUGGCCUCCUGGGAUCUCAUUAAUCAGCUAGACAUUAUCUGGCUUUAAUGAAACCUGGAACCCUGCUUUCACAUUCUUCUCACCUAAUAACUGGUAGGCUCAGCUUCACCUAAUUGCAAAAUAUACUCUGUAAAUUGUAAGUGCUAGGUGAUGCAAGUUAACUGUCUGGUUACUGCAGGACAACAGUAUGAUUGCAUGAUGAUAAUUCUGCUGGAAUCCAUGAUACUUAUAUGACCACAGAUGUUGCAAUUACCAUGCUCUUUCCCAAUACCCCUGGAUUGUGAUGCCAGCUAGGAUCUAGCUUGAUCCCUAGGUUCCUUUGCAAUGCAGUGCCCCAUCCAUGCUACAGUGGGAUGGACCUGGCAUGUGGGCACCUGGUAGAUGUUAUGUAUAUAGGUUGACACACCUACAAAAUGUAUAUAGUGACAUUAGAGAAGCUUGGAUGAAUGUUUGGCCCCCGAAGGCACAAAAUGGCCGUGAGGUCUAAAGUGGAUGUAAACUAAGUGAGGAUGAGGUGGUUUUUUUUCCCCUAAAAAUAUGAUAUAAUAUGCUCAAACUCAGGCAUAAGAAAAGCGUUUCAGGAAGUUAUUACCAAAAUGAAUUCUUAUGGCUUGUGUUGUGCAGGAGGUCAGAGCAGAUGAAUCAUAAUGGUCCCCUCUGACCAAGAAAACUGCAUCCUUGUAGAUGCAA